UUAUGUUUCAAGAAUAUUAAACUUUAACGAGUUAGAAUGAGCAUCGGUGUGUUCGUUCUUCCACUUUUAGUCUUCUACACACUGUUUUCCUCGACAAAUGGCCACGGAAGAUUGAUAGAACCUCCCAGCAGAGCUUCAGCUUGGAGGUAUGGCUUUGACACUCCCCACAACUACAACGACCACGAGUUAUUCUGCGGAGGAUUUACUAGACAAUGGGUAAAAAACGAAGGAAAAUGUGGAGUAUGCGGUGAUCCAUGGGAUUCCAAACUACCACGUGCACAUGAAUUAGGAGGCACCUAUGGAAAAGGUGUCAUUGUACGAAAAUAUUCGCCAGGCAGUAAAAUAACCAUAAGAGUAGAAAUUACUGCAAACCAUUGGGGGUACUUUGAAUUUUCCAUUUGUCCAAACUACAAGACGCCAACACAAGAGUGCCUGGAUCAAAAUAUAUUGACUCUUGUACGACCGCAGGAAAAUGUUGAACAUAAAGGAGUUAGAUACUUCCCAAAAGAAGGAAAUAAGGUGUAUGAAAUGAAGUAUAGAUUGCCAAAGAAGUCAUGCGAGCAUUGCGUUUUACAGUGGAGGUACAUUGCAGGUAAUAACUGGGGAGUGUGCACCAACGGUACAGGCGCUGUAGGAUGUGGACCACAAGAAGAGUUUCGGGCAUGCGCCGAUAUCACAAUCGCAGGCAAAGCAGAAGAACCAUCGGUACCAGAAAUCGAAGAACCGUCGACCACUACAACUCAAGCAACCCCGUCUAGUACCAUCUUGGUUCCAACACUACCAACACCAGAAGAAUCAUACAACCCAUUGUCAGCUUUACUUAUUUCCUUCGUUUCUUUUUUAGUAGCAUUUUCGAUUUUGUUCCUUAUUUAUUUACAUUUCUACCACAUUGGUAGUCAAAUUAAGAACUGGAUUAAGAGACCAAAGGAAAAAGCCAUUUUGACUGAGAUUCCUCAAGCUCCUCGUCCUCCUCCAAGAACUAAAAGAACGACUAGUCCUACUAGGAGGGUCAGUACUGAUGGUAUGCAAGAGAUAGACUUAAGAAGUGAGAGCUUAGCAUAGCAAUGAAUUAUUUUGAAAUAAUUGGAUGUUUAUGUUUGUUUUAUAUUUUAAGAUCAAGAGAGUCAAAUAGAAAUCUUUAGUUUAUAUAUAUUUUACAUCUAAUUUUAAUAUUAAAUCAAUUUCUUAUUGAUUAUUAAUUUCAGUCGAAUACAUAACUUCAUACCAUAAAUAUUGGUUUUUGCGUGUAAUAAAUUGCUACCUGGAUUCAUCAAGAUAUAGGCAGCUUUAUAUAAGAUCUAAAUGACGGGUUCUAAAAGACAAAAAAUAGAUAUUUGUCAAUACUUACAAAGAUUCAAGAAAUCUAAAAUUAGCGUUUCAUGGAUUCUUUUAAUUCUACAUUACACACAUUGAUACAUUUAAAACGAUAAUCAGACUAAAAGUAUGUUAAGGAUGCGAGGGAUGACAAGAAGUAUGCCAGAACAUUGAAAAAGAAGACCUUUGAAAGAAACCGAUGAAUGAAAACAAGAUGUGGAUGUCUGUUUACAAUGAUUAGUGUUUUUAGAAAACAUUUUUCUCAUAAUGUACUGAGCUCCGGGAUCUAAAGAGUGAGGAGAGAUGACUUUUGAAAAGAACCACAGAUAUACAAAUGUUGGACAGAAGACUCACGAAAUAGCUGAAAUAAUGAAAUGUUAAUUGCUGCACUAUUGAAAAUUUUAA